AUGGUUGACGGAAACUUCAUCAUCCCUUUGUCUCCGCCUAGCUCGCCGCGCAUGUCUGCGUACGGCACGAAUUCUGCCGAGAACAAGUGGCAAUCUUCCGACAUCCGGACUCUUGAGCACACUCCUCCACACUCGGACAGCGACAUGGCUAUGCUUCAGGCUGAGGUAGCUGGGCAUGGCUACGACCACAAGCGUCCUAUGAUGCGAUCACACAAGAGCUUUCCCUACAUGCUUGACAACAAAAGCCACCUCCAUGGUGGCUCCGAGUCACCCUCUGGUUUAGGCGAUAUUGAAGAGCAUGAUGUGCCAAACGUCACUUUCGGCGGAUCAGCACCGACAAGUCCCAUCUCGAGACUUACUCCUCCAUCGACACACGAUGGCAACGCAUGUGAGAAGCUGGAGGACCAAGACGACGAUCUCAUUCUCGACGACAAGGACGAGGACUGUGAUGGCGAUAUUAAAGACGAGAACAGACCCCCUAUGUCCGCUGCUGAGAUCCGCGCGGCCAAGCGCAAAAUGAAGCGCUUCAGGUUGACACACAACCAGACCCGCUUUCUUAUGAGCGAGUUCGCUCGUCAGGCUCACCCUGAUGCUGCUCACCGAGAACGCCUUGCUCGCGAGAUUCCCGGUCUCAGCCCACGACAAGUUCAAGUUUGGUUCCAGAACAGCGACGACCGCGAGCGCAUGAUGAGGUCUCGCGCCCUGCCGGACGACUUCGACAUGGCACAGGCACUGCACUCUCCAUUUGGCAACCAUCACGGUCUUGGGACGCCACUGGCAUCGCCAGGAUCCCCCACUGGAUACCAGCCCAAGGACAUCAAACCCCUUCUCAAUGCCUGUCAGCGCGCCACCAGCAUACGCAGCACAACACAGCAUUCCCCGGCUAACGCUGCACGCCGAUCGCAUCAAUAG